AUGCAUCCUAUUAAUGUUGUUGCGUCGGCCAGAAUGUUGAUGUCAGUCAUCGGAAACUCAAAGACCCAAUUAGGAAGCGAGAUGGUUCCGUUCGGUUCGUUAUGGUGGAGUAUCUACGCAGGUGUCUCUUGUUUCCUCGUACUCUUCGCCGGAAUCAUGUCCGGUCUCACUUUAGGUCUUAUGUCUCUCGGUAUCGUCGAACUCGAAAUCCUCCAACGCAGUGGCACUCCAAAGGAGAAGAAACAAUCCGCUGCGAUUUUUCCAGUUGUUCAGAAACAGCAUCAGCUUUUAGUGACAUUGCUCUUGUUCAAUGCUCUUGCAAUGGAGGGUCUUCCUAUAUACUUGGACAAGAUAUUCAAUGAGUAUGUUGCUAUUAUUCUCUCGGUUACUUUCGUUCUAUUCGUUGGGGAGGUUAUUCCUCAAGCUAUAUGCUCAAGGUAUGGACUGGCAGUAGGAGCUAAUUUGGUUUGGCUUGUCCGCGUCUUAAUGGUUCUUUCGUAUCCGAUAUCUUUUCCAAUUGCAAAGAUGUUGGAUUGGGUAUUGGGACACGCGGAUCCUUUGUUUAGGCGGGCUCAGUUAAAAGCUCUUGUUUCCAUUCACGGCGAAGCGGCUGGAAAGGGAGGUGAACUUACACAUGAUGAGACCACAAUCAUUAGUGGAGCACUUGAUUUGACUGAGAAGACUGCUCGAGAAGCCAUGACGCCAAUUGAAUCAAUCUUUUCCUUGGAUGUAAACUCAAAGUUGGAUUGGGAAGCUAUGGAUAAGAUUCAAACACGAGGCCACAGCCGCGUUCCUGUCUACUCUGAGAAUCCAAAAAAUGUUGUCGGACUUCUCUUGGUGAAGAGUCUUCUUACAGUUCGCCCUGAAACAGAGACUCUUGUCAAUGCAGUUGGUAUACGUCGAAUGCCAAGGGUACCGGCUGAUAUGCCUUUGUAUGAUAUACUGAAUGAGUUUCAAAAAGGGAGCAGUCACAUGGCUGCAGUUGUGAAGGUUAAGGGGAAAAGCAAAGGUCCUCUUUCACCUUUGCUUGAAGAAAAGACUUACGAAAGUAAUGCCCCAAGUAAUAUCGACUCCGAGUUGACUUCACCUCUGUUACUAAAGCGAGAAGGAAACCAGGACAAUGUCAUUGUCGAUAUUGACAAGAUUAGUCGACAAUCUUUCUUACCAAACAGUGAGACGGGAAGACACGGGUUCUCGCAUACUUCAGAAGAGAUUGAGGAUGGUGAAGUUAUAGGUAUCAUCACGUUGGAAGAUGUGUUUGAAGAACUUUUGCAGGAAGAGAUUGUGGAUGAAACAGAUGAGUACGUAGACGUGCAUAAAAGGAUUCGGGUAGCGACUGUAGCAGCAGUGGCCAUUUCAUCAUUAGCGAGAACUCCUUCAAGCCGAAGGUUACUUGCUCAAAAGGGAACUGGAGUACCAAAAACGCCAAAGGCAUCUUCUACCCCCAAACAGGAUAAACCGAUCGCAACACAAUCUCUUCAGGGCAACAACAACUGA